AUGUCGCGGCUCUCAAGGGCUCCUCAAGGCGGCCCAGCGCCCUUAAGGACCAUGGCGGAGGAGCGGGGCGGGACAGCGGCCCCUCAGCCGCCUCUCGCCGCCUUCCGCCGCGAAGAUGACGUUUUAGAUGAGGCAACAAGGAAAGACCUUUUCACUGACACUUUCUGUAAGGUUUGUGGGGCAGUGCUGCAGUUUGAGUCUCAAAGGACGUCACACUAUAAGGGCAAAAAGCACACCAAGAAAGUUCAUCUUUACAUCCAAGUGCAUGGUGAGAAAGAGAGGCAGAAGCAUGGCCAUUUUAUCAAUUUUCAGAUGGAUGGGAGUGGAGCACUGGACAAAAACAAAUACUGCAGUCUCUGCAAUGUCAUUUUUACUUCCCCAGUUUGUGCUUCGUCGCACUACUUGGGAAAGAUCCAUGCUAAAAAGCUGAAGCAAUUAUCAGGCAACCAAGCCCACGUUCCAGCACAAACCGUGCAGCCUGUGUCUGCUUUACAGACGCCAUCAGAUAAGAAGAAGCCCUUGCUGUCUUCAAAAGCUGAAGAGCCUUUGUCAUCCUCCAACAGAAGGUUGACAUUAAAUGAUCCAAAGUACUGCAAGCUCUGCUGUGUUCCCUUCAAUAAGCCACUCGUGGCCCAGCAGCAUUAUGUUGGUAAGAAACACAGAAGAAGUGAAGCACGGAAAAAGAUCCUGGAGGAGUUAGGAGACAAAGCUGUCCCUGUGGAAGCCAGCACAGGUGUUUCCUUCUUUUCAGCAGUUGGAGUUGGUUGUUACAUAUGCCCCAUAUGUAACAUCACACUUACAUCUAUAGAAACGUACCAGUCCCAUAUACAAGGAAAUAAGCACCGGAUUAAAGAAACAGUGCUUGUCAAUCUCACGAAGAAAUCGAAGAAAACACAUAACUCCUUUCAAGAUAAAUUAACAGAUUACAUUAAAGUUGAGAAAGCUGGAGAUCUAGAGCCAAGAAGGUGCUUAGGAAAAGCAGAAGAGGAAGAGUUUCAAAUUAAAAGCAUUGACCUUAGUGAAGUUACACCUUCAAACUUUAAGUGUGAACAAGGCCAGCAUUCCAGCCUUUUCUCAGAAACCCAGUCACCUACAAAUACUGGGGGAAACAGAUUGUCAAGCUGGCCAUCAGCUUAUGAGCUCACCCUAGAAAAGACACCUAAUUGUUGCUAUAACAAGGGACACUGUAAAGAAGAGCCAGAAGAGCAAGUGUCUGAGGUGGCCACCAUCAGAGAUAAGAGCUUCAGGCUAUCGUUUGCAGAAUCUAAAGACUUGUACAAACUUACGCUUGCUGAAACUUCUACCGUCUCCUGCAGAAAAGAGCAGAAACUUCGCAGAAAACUUUUUGAGGAGGAAGAAUACGUCAGUGAAGAGCCGAAGUAUGAGAAAGAAGCCACAAGGCAGAAAAGAAAGAAAAAUGAUGAAGGUACAGAUUUUGGAAAAGAGAAGCAAAAGAGAAUUAAAUUUGAGACAGACUUGGUAAAUGUGAAGAAAUCAAGACCUUAUAAAGGCAAAAGACUUAAAGAAAACCCUGCUGAGAAGGAGAGCAAAAAGCACAAAAAGGAUAAAAAGAAGCCACAGACAGAUGACAAAAGAGAAGAGGAGCUUCUUUGGAUGGAUCUGUCUUGA